CCUCUCCCUGCUGUCGCUGUGGAGUUCUCCAGGUACAGCGCUCCCUGUUGACUGGGAAUACCUCAAUCCACUGCUGGUGCGCUUGAUCCUCAUGAUGUCGCACCCCCUGCCGGCUGGGAGUACUCCGCGCCGCUCACUGUGAGCUGGUUCCUCCAGCUCCCGCGCCCUCUGCCGGCUGGGAGUACUCCGCCCCGCUCACUGUGAGCUGGUUCCUCCAGCUCCGGCGCCCUCUGCCGGCUGGGAGUACUCCGCCCCGCUCACUGUGAGCUGGUUCCUCCAGCUCCCGCGCCCUCUGCCGGCUGGGAGUACUCCGCCCCGCUCACUGUGAGCUGGUUCCUCCAGCUCCCGCGCCCCCUGUGGCUGGGAGGGUUCCUGGUUCUGGGCUCUGCAGCCGUCUCGGGGGCGCGGGGGGAAGGAUGGUAGCGCGGCCUCGAGCCCUGGAUUGAUGGUGAGCCGGAGUGAGAGAGAGGGGGCCCGGGGCCAUGAGUAAACAGGACGAGGCGGACAGGACGAUAUUUGUGGGGAACCUGGACAGCAGCACCCGGGAGGAGAUCCUGUUCGAGCUCUUCCUGCAGGCUGGACCAUUGACCAAGGUGCACAUAGCUAAAGACAAGGAUGGCAGACAGAAGACCUAUGGGUUCGUCUGCUUCAAGCACACAGAGUCCGUUCCAUAUGCCAUCACCUUGCUAAAUGGAAUCAGAUUAUAUGGUAGACCGCUGAAUCUGCAGUAUCGCUCUGGGAGCUCUCAUACAGUGGAUCUAAGCAUGACACACCCGGGAGUGGACAACACUCAAUGCCGAGCGACACAAGAUAGCAGGAACACUCCAUUCCAAGAUAGACCAAGUUCUUCGCUGUGUCUGACUCCACCAUACACCAUGAACAACAACUUCAGCCACCCUGACCCUUACUACUGGCAAGCUAUAAUGAACACUUACGCGCUGCAGCAGUACCACAUCAAUUCGCAGAUGGUUCAGCAGCAGCAGCAGUAUUACCAGGCAAUGGCACAGCAGGUGGGACUCACGGCUCAGGCGCCUCAUUUCAGUCCAAUGCCGGACUUUAUGGCCAGGCCCUAUGAGCCUGCCUGGGAUAAUUGGCAACAGAGGGACCCAAUCCAUGGAAACUGCUGCAGCAGCAGUGGUGGUGGCGGAGGGCAGGCGAAGGAGUCAGACAGCGACAGCGACAGCAGAAGCUGGGAGAAACUUCAGACCACCAGCAAGCAGCAGGAGCGCCAGUACAAAAAGCACAAAUCCAAAAAGAAGAAAUACUGAUGGGGGAGGGGGGUGGUGGGGGUGUGGAGGGGUGGUGGUGGAGGGAAGGGCUUUGAGUGAACCAAAUGUAGAGGUUCUAACAUUUUGCCCUCUGAGAAAGAUGUGUGAAAGACUUGAGAGAAAUCAAACCAGUUUACUAUACGCUUACAUUAAACAGGAAACAGAUACCCUGACAAAUUUUCAGGUGGCAAUUGGAUUGGAUGUUCAAAUCCACAUGUGUGAUCUAAAAUUAAGAAGGUGGAGGGUAUGGUUUUGAGAGUGUUGGCGUCACACAGGGACUAAUGUUGAUAGUGUGAUCACAGGGAAUUUAGUCAAGUAUUUAUUGAUGGAUGUUUAAAACAUUUCAUGCCCAUCCACCCGUUCAGUGAAAUAUAUUUAACGUCACUCCAAACUUGGGAUGCAUCUUGAGAGAAGCUCCAGAACUGAUUGCAAUUGGAGUAAAUUUCUGCUCACUUCUCUCGGGUGGUAGCACAAAUGGGAGCAAUUUGAGUUGAUGAGUUAAUAGUAGUGCAUUGAGCCACUUUAUACUUCAUUGGUUUCUGUGUAACUAAUAUGACUGAAUGAUAUGUAAUUAACUUGCACUUGGGGAAACUAUGGUAAACUACCCAACAGUUUUGCCAUCAGCAGGGAACUGCGUUUGAAGGUGGUGUGGGUUAAAUGGUUUGGCAGUGUUCUCGGCCUGUCUCUGAUUCACACUGCCUGCAACUGCGGAUUCUCGCUAUGAGUAUGAGAAUACCAAUAAGUUCAUUGUUGGCUAAUUCUUUGUCUCUUUAGCAAAUUAAAUGCUUUUGCACACA